UACAAGCAACGUCAGACUGAUUUAGGCAAGGGGUGGAUUAUAACAGUGUGUGUCUGUUGUCUUGUUUUAAAAAAUAAACAAGCUAACCAAUGUAAUAUCCUGCAUUAUGUCACGAGUCACUGUAACAGAAAACGGCAAUCAGUAUAUCAUUUCAUAAAACGCUUGAAGGAGCGGACUGAAAGUAACGUAUGCUCCCCUAUGCUUUUGAGUUGCUGGCGCAUCGGAAGCAGGAAGUUGGCGCGUCCGAAGGAAAACAUUAAGCUGUCAGAAUCUUGACGUGGAAAUACACACGGAGUGGGUUUGUAUAUUGUGGUUCAGUGGAGAAUGAGUGUUCCUGACUAUAUGCAGUGUGCAGAUGAUCACCAGACUCUUCUGGUGGUGGUGCAGCCGGUGGGGAUCGUCCCAGAGGACCAGUUCUUCCGGAUCUACAAGAGGAUUGCUUCAGUCAGCCAGAUCAGCGUCCGUGAUUCCCAGAGGGUACUCUUCAUCCGCUACCGACACCACUACCCGCCAGAGAACAACGACUGGGGGGACUUCCAGACUCACCGCAAAGUGGUGGGGCUGAUCGCGGUGACUGAGUGCACCUCAGCCAAGGAGUGGCCCCAGACCUCCGAACGCUUCCACGACCACAAGGAGGUGUACGGCACCACGCUGUACGAUUCUCGGCUGCUGGUGUAUGGGCUGCAAGGGGAGGUCACGGAACAGGCCCGCACUGACGUCGCCUUCUACCCCAGCUACGAGGAGUGCGAGGACGUGGAGAGGAGAGUGGAGGACUUCAUAGAAUCACUCUUCAUCGUUUUGGAGUCCAAGCGCCUGGACAGGGCUACUGACAAGUCGGGGGACAAGAUCCCUCUGCUGUGCAUUCCCUUCGAGAAGAAGGAUUUUGUUGGGCUGGAUACUGAUAGCAGGCACUAUAAGAAGCGCUGCCAGGGGAGGAUGAGGAAGCACGUGGGGGACCUGUGCUUGCAGGCAGGGAUGCUGCAGGAUGCCUUGGUUCAUUAUCACAUGGCAGUGGAGCUGCUGCGCUCAGUCAAUGAUUUCUUAUGGCUUGGAGCUGCCCUGGAGGGACUCUGCUCCGCCUCAGUCAUCUGCCACUAUCCAGGGGGCACUGCUGGCAGGUCAGCAGCCCGUAAACCCAGCAUCUCUGUCCCUGCUGACUCUGGCAAGCGACACCGACCAGGGGCUCAGGAGCUUCUCAUUGACCCAGGUGCUCUAACCACUAAUGGCAUCAGCGCAGACACCAGCAGUGAGAUCGGGAGAGCCAAGAACUGCCUGAGUCCCGAGGACAUCAUAGAGAAGUACAAGGAGGCCAUCUCUUACUACGGCAAGUAUAAGAAUGCUGGCGUGAUUGAGCUGGAAGCAUGUGUGAAGGCUGUCAGAGUGCUGGCUAUCCAGAAGAGGGCCAUGGAAGCAUCAGAGUUCCUGCAGAAUGCAGUCUACAUCAACCUGGGUCAGCUGUCGGAGGAGGAGAAGAUCCAGCGCUACAGCAUCCUGUCCGAGCUGUACCACCUGAUUGGUUUCCAGCGCAAGUCUGCCUUCUUCAAGCGCGUGGCGGCCAUGCAGUGCGUAGCGCCCACCAUCCCGGAGCCUGGCUGGAGAGCCUGCUACAAGCUGCUGCUGGAGACCCUGCCUGGGUACAGUCUGUCUCUGGACCCGCAACACUUCAGCCAAGGCACUCACAGAGGCUGGGCGGCGGUGCAGAUGCGACUGCUCCAUGAACUGGUCUACGCUUCCAGACGAAUGGGAAACCCAGGGCUGUCUGUGCGCCACCUCUCCUUCCUGCUGCAGACCAUGCUCGACUUCCUGUCUGACCAAGAGAAGAAGGAAGUAACCCAGAGCCUGGAGAACUAUACAUCCAAGUGUCCUGGCAGCAUGGAGGUCAUUACACUCUCCGGCGGCCUCAAGCUGCUUCCAGUGGCCUUCACCAAACUCCCUAUUGUCAGGUCAGUGAAGCUCCUCAAUCUGCCAGUGACCCUGCGGCCGCGCAAGGUGAAGAGCCUGCUGGGGCAAAGCAUGGCUGUCAAGAGCCCCUUCAUUUACUCCCCUAUCACUGUGCACCACCGAGGGGACGAGCGCUCAAAGAAAAUAGAUUUCCAGUGGGUCCAAGGAGAUGUCUGUGAGGUCCAGCUGAUGGUCUAUAACCCCAUGCCUUUUGAGCUACGGGUGGAGAAUAUGGGUCUUUUGACUUCGGGAGUUGAAUUUGAGUCUCUGCCUGCUGCCCUCUCACUACCAGCUGAGUCUGGCCUGUAUCCUGUCACACUAGUUGGAGUUCCACGGACCGCAGGCAGCAUUACAGUCAAUGGCUACCACACGUCAGUGUUUGGGGUUACAAGUGACUGCCUUCUAGAAAGCCUUCCUGCAGUGAAGACCAGUGGCUGCACAGUGGAGGUGGUUCCUGCUCUUCCCCGGCUCCAGCUGAACACCUCCCUCCCACGCUCUGCCCACAUGCUGCUGCCAGCCUCAGGAGAAGAGGUCUCCACCAGCGUGUCUGUCCAGCUCUUCAACGGAGAGACACGGCAGCUGAUCAUCAGACUGGAGAACAUCGGAGCAGAGCCCCUCGAGACCUUGGAGCUCACCUCCAAGACUGUCAAUACGAAAGAGAAGCUGUUUGGCGAGUUCCUCAGCUGGAGCCUGGAAGACACGCUGUCUCAGUUUCCACUGAAGCCAGGUCAGGUGGCCACUUUAACUGUGAACAUAAAGGUGAAGCUGGACUUCUCUGGCCAGGAGAACCUGCUGCAGGACCUGAACGAUGAUGGAAUCAGCGUGACAGGACUGCCCAUUUCCAGCCCUCUCAGACAGGUCCUGAAACCCAGAGCGGAGAGCAAGGCUGGAAACCCUCCUGAGUCCAGCAAGGGCGGAGAGUAUAACCACGUCAAGACUCUUGAAGCGAUCCUGAACUUCAAGUACUCUGGGGGUCCGGGCCACACUGAGGGCUAUUACAGGGACCUGUCUCUGGGUCUGCAUGUGGACGUGGAGCCCUCUGUGUUCUUCACACGGGUCAGCACCCUCCCUGCAACCAGCACCCGGCAGUGCCACCUUCUCCUGGAUGUCUUCAACUCAACGGAGCACGAGCUCGCUGUCAGUGCCAAGAACAACGAAGACCUGGUCCUGCAUGCUGGAGAGUGCCAGAGAAUGGCCAUUCAGGUGAACAAGUUUGAUUUUGAGGAUCUCCCAGAACCCCAGGAUGAGAGAGGCCAGUUCACCAGCCUGAAGCAGCUGGAGGAGGAGAGGCAGCAGGCCAGGGGAUACGAGAUAAACAGCAAACUGGACAUCUGCUGGGAAAUCCCAUCUCUGAAACGACAGGGGGAGGCCAGUGUGGAGGGUGUGCUGAACCAGCUGGUCCUGGAGCAUCUGCAGCUGGCACCUUUACAGUGGGACGUGCUGGUUAAUGGGCAGCCCUGUGACUGUGACAUUGUAGCUGAAUGUGAAGUUGGUGAUCUUGUGCCCCUGGAAGUGAAGCUGACCAAUCGGAGCAAGCAUGUUGUGGGUCCCUUCGCCCUGACUGUCAUCCCCUUCCAGGACUACCAGAAUGGGGUCCACAAUUACGAGCUCCAGGACGCUGUCACCUUUGUGGGCUCCAACACCUUCUAUAUCGACUCUGUAAAUCCCACUGAGAAUUGUGUCUGCGAUGGCGCCCUCCUCUUCCUUUACACUGGCGAUUUCUACCUGAACAUCAAGUUCCACGAUGACAACUCCAGCCGAGAGCUGCCUCUGGACUGGUUCUGCCUGCCCAGUGUCCACAUUAAAGCCCUGGAGCCAGCGCUUCAAACAAUGCUGUAAACUAUCCCUCAUUGUCUUCUCUUCCCCUUUCCACCUCCUUCAGACUCACGUAUCCGCUUUCUGCAGUCAUUGUGUCCCAAUGGGGGAUGUGCUUUGGAUAAGCUUGGUCCUGCAGUUACACCCAAACCCAAGUGAUGCAAGGUCAGGACCGACAGAGCACCAGAGGGAAUGGUUUGACCUCUGCAUGCUGUUUUACAUCAUCUGUUGGUAGUAUUGUUCAUAUUGAAUUUUUUUUUUAAAUUAAGGUUUAUUAUUCUUAAGGUUUAUUACAAUAAAUUAUUUCUGGCUGCUAGAAUACUCCUUUCUACUAGAUGUACCCUGGGGGGGGGAUUGGUAAUUGACCUUUAUUGUAUAGCGCCUUGUAUAAUAUUCUAUAUGUAUAAACACAGGCACAAACAUGCUGUAUAAACAAAUGUAUGCCAAAUCCACCAGACCUGCAGUUUGGUUAUUUUAUCUAGAGUGUGUUUGAGAAAAGAGUUUGUGGAAGCAAUUCUAGAAUAGCGUGAGAUUGUAAGACUGCAUUAUUUAUGAAGGGAGCCAUACUCUAGGGCAGUAACAGGUGUUGAAGAGACACUUUGCUAAUAACUUGUGAUAUAUUUGCUCUUCACUUAAAUCAUUAGUUCCAAAUGUAAUGUCCACAGUUAUAAAGUGUAAAAGUAAUGUUGAAUAUAUUGUACAAGAGAUGACAGCCUGAAAUAGGAAAUGAAUUUACUGUUUAUGUGCAUUUGUGACUGUCUGAUUCCAGUCAUGCAGAAUGAGGACAUGGUAUUUUAGUUUCAGGGGCACUGUCUACAUGUUAUAGAUUUUGCUCCUGUUUGCAUACCAGCAGACACACUGAGGUAAUUUCUUUCUCUUACCCGAGUCAAAGUGUGCCUUGCCCUGCCUCCUUCUUUAAAAAAAAAAAUAUUACCAUAGAACAUUGUUGUAUUUUUUUUAUAUUGGAGAGUUCUGUGCUAAUGUUUAACCAAAAUACCAUUACAGUAUUUUCAUUGAAUGUGUCCAUGGUGUUUAGAUGUUCAACGUACAGGAAUCUGCUUCAUUGUUUGGGAAUUAAGACAGUAGAAAGCCCCUCUGUUUGCCUUGUGAAUGUCAGUGGCUCAGGGAGGGUGUAUAUGGAUAUGCUGUAAUGUGUGGUGAUAUGUAAUAGGUAAUUCAAACAGGGGCUGGGCAUUUCUGGAGCACUGUUCUGUGUCUGUAGCAACCUUGACUCUGUGAUUUUUGAAUGUUUAGUAAUGUUUGUCAUACAUUGACAUCUUAAAGAUAAAAAUGCUCAUUUACAAGUUAUUAAUACCGAUGUUCUUCUGUGUUGAGGAGCACGGGCUGGGAUGUCUGUUGAAGGUGUUGUAUAUUUAAAAGGAUUGGGGUGCACUUGCUCCUCCCAUGCUGUAUUCAUGCUAGCCUUUAUUGUUUGUUGCUUUCCAUUGUUCAUAUUAUACUUCAGCACUCUUAUGUGAUUAAUAAAACCUUAAGUUGUUGGCA